UUUCUACAACUGGGACAGGAAUAUCUGCUGCUUGAAUUCAAGUCCAAAUUACCAAGUGAUUGCAGAAAAUGUGUGCGGCCUCCUCUUCAAGAACAAGUCUGACAGGAAGGUCAUCAAUGUUGACCCCAAGGUAGCAUUGUCACUUUUGUCAUUUCCCUGAGACAACAGGCCUGUCUGUGUCAAACAUCCAUGCUUUUAUUUUUACUACUCAUUUCACGGAUCAAGGGGCAAUGUAUGGGUCUGGCACUUGUCCUGUUGAGAAGUGAUGUUCCAUCAUGAAGGACGUUUCUUAUAUUAGUUGGAUAUAUGAUGUUCUUCAAAUGGGACAUCUUGUAAAUGCAGCCAAGGUAGAAACAAUAAUGUAAGCCAUCGCAUGAACAUAUGAAUCUUAAGUACUGCUGAAUCAAGGUCCAUGUACUUUGGUUCUAUCUGAAAGCAACAGAUCUCAUUGUCGGUAGGUCUUCCUGUAAAGCUGUAGGCCUCACAAGAUGGAAAUGUCAUCUUUUAAUUCUUUUUGAAUGAGACUUUUUUCCCAUGGAUGACAGCAGUGGGCCUCAGUUUCAUUAAGCAUAAGGCAUAUCUAGAGAAACAUCUUAAACUCCCCAGAUUCCCUUGGGCACUUCCUUAUGUAAUAGUGCAGUAAUAAUAGUUCAGUAAUCCUGUGCAGAAACUGGGUGCACCUGCAGUCUUAGAGGCAACAACCAACCUACACAAAGCCAGCAGCACUUCUCCUUUGCUUAUUGCACUCUCUGGGAGCUUGUGAUCAGGAGCUCGUGAACAGGACUUGCAAACAGGGGCAUUUGAAGGAAGAAGGAGAAUUGGAGGGAUUGGAAUUGGAAGAGACUGAAGAGAGUGAGAUUGUGUCUUUUGGAAUAAGGUUGCUUGCUUGUCUGAGCUGUUUGGAGACUUGAUUGUGAGUUUGUUUGUGGUUGUGGUCAUGUGACAGCACAUGGUCUGAAGGAGAGGGGCUGCUGCUGAAAGGAAGGAAGGCAGACUGAAUGAGAAAGCGAGUUGAGCCAGCAGCAGGUCUACUUAGCUUCUUGCAGUCUCCAGGAGCUCAUGACCAGGGCUACCUGGUAUUCCCAGGUAGUGCUGGGAACAAUUCCUCCUUGAAACUGUGAAGUACCACAGCCUGUCAGUGUAGACAAUAUAAUGGUCUGUCUCAGUAUAAGGCAACUUCCUAUAUUCCUAUUUUAUGGGUAGGUUCAAGGCCAAGGCCACUGAGAUAAUGUAUGGGUCCCUCAGCAAGCAUUGGGAAACUGGUCUCCUAUGUUGCUCCCUUAGCACCAAAAAGUGUUGCUAAGAGGACUUAGAAUCAUAGAAUUGUAGGGCAGGAAGGGACCCUGAGGUUAAUUUAGUCCAAUCCUCUGCAAUGCAAACUUGGCCCUCCAGCUGUUUUGGGACUACAAUUCCAAUCAUCCCUGACCACUGGUCCUGUUAACUAGGGAUGAUGGGAGUUGUAGUCCAAAAACAGCUGGAGGGCCGAGUUUGCAUUGCACUGCCCUAUGGGGAUCGAACCUGCAACCUUGGCAUUAUCGGCACCACGCUGUAGCCAACUGAGCUAUCCAGAGUCAUUACACCUCUUAAAACAAGCUACAUACAAACCCACACUGGUUGUGCCCUCCUUACCCCACUGCAAUGGCUCUAUUUCAAGGCAUUUCUCUUUCUCAAAUAACCACAUUUGACAAGCUGAUUUUUCACUGUCUUCCACUUACUCCAGGUUACGACACCAAAACAGUUAAAUGCUACAUUACCUUCUUUUUACAAAUUGGUUUAAAUAUUUUCAAAGAGUGUGCGUGGAAUGUGCGGGGGGGGGGGACUUAGGAAAUCAGUUCCAUAUACUCCUGUUCCAAGUGAAUAGUAUGCAAUUUACAAUUCUGUCACUGCAGGGGGUGGUGUGCCCCAUUUCAUCACUUAAGUCGAAACAAAAAGGUGCCAUCCCACUUUGCCCCCACAUCGAAGCCUCCCUUACCUGGGUUGCAAAGCAGCAGCAGCAGCAGGUUCUGAUGAAAUCUUGCAAAGCACAUGAGAUCUUACAUGAGUCCUACAUUGGACUGACCCAAGAUUACACAGUGCGCUCUGUGCACUGGAUUUCAGGCAAUCCCCCCACUCCAGUAAAACAGCAGAGAAAAAUGGACAAAUGGCCGUGAUUCAAACAAAGGUAAGCAUUUUACGUCCCUUCGAUUCCAUUUGAAGAGAGGUAAUAAAAUGCUUACACCUUUCUGAUUGAAAUAAAUGGGACUUAAAAUACUGGGAUUUGUUUGAAUCAUAUUCCUUUUUCCAUUGGUUCUUUGCUGUCUUGGUUAGAGAGUUCCGUUAUGAACAAUGGCCCUCUGUUGUGAUCUGAGUGUGUCCAUCUGCAGUGAUCUGAGUGAGUCCAUCUGUUCUUCAUUGUCCCUUUAAAAAUGUUGCAUCUUAAGUCCUUGGACUAUAGAUUGAAUAUGGCAAACACACCCAUGCUUUGGUUCCUCUCAAAACCAACGCAGAGUAAGCCGGGCAGUAAUUUGUUUGGGUUUGCACAGAACAGCUCUCGGAUGAGGGUUUCUUUGAAGUACUUCCCACGAAAGCUGGUUGCAUAUGAAUAGCAACGGGACCAAAUAUCAAAUUAUACACAUCUUAAAAUGGGAGUGUGUUGGUUUGCAAGACAUUUAAAAAUGCAUACCUAAAAAGAAGUGUAUUUGGUUGCAUUCAAAGUGGGUCACUGGUCUAACUUCCUGCAGCUGUGGAACAUCUGUAACAAAUAAGCAGAUACCCUAUUGCUGUGUGAAAUAUAUACUUUUAAGAAUUGAGGACCAAAUCAAGCACAGAGGGGGUUUCGGCUCUUUAAAGCCGUACACAUUGCAUUUCUAGCUUCCUUGUGUGUCUCUACUGCACAGAGGCAUAAAUACCCAUGAAAAUGGUCAAAAUUGGAUUCCUACAUUGGAGUGUGUAAUGGGCCGGGGAGGCUGAAUUCCACAAAAUGGAUUUGUGAGACAAAGAAUCACCACCCACUCAGGACCUAUGGGACAAUAUGGAGGACUGGUAGUUUUGGGAGGUGAUGCCUUUCCCCCCAUAAAAUCUAAUGGAGACAUUGAAUGGAAAAAAAUAUUUAGAAAUGGUUGCUCCUCCAAAUUAACCCUUCUCUACCAAGCCAGCUACUAGGGACGCAGGUGGCACUGUGGGUUAAACCACAGAGCCAAAGAUGUGCUGAUCAGAAGGUCGGCGGUUUGAAUCCCCGCGACAGGGGGAGCUCCCAUUGCUCGGUCUCUGCUCCUGCCAACCUAGCAGUUCGAAAGCAUGUCAAAGUGCAAGUAGAGAAAUAGGUACCGCUCCGGCAGGAAGGUAAACAGCUUUUCCGUGCGCUGCUUGGUUCACCAGAAGUGGCUUAGUCAUGCUGGCCACAUGACCCGGAAGCUGUACGCCGGCUCCCUCGGCCAAUAAAGCGAGAUGAGCGCUGCAACCCCAGAGUCGUCCGCAACUGGACCUAAUGGUCAAGGGUACCUUUACCUUUACCAAGCCAGCUAUGUGAUGCUUACUAGAGAGGAUAGAAGACAGCAGGUUGUAAACAGGGAGGCUGCAAUACCCUCAAAGUGUGGACAAUCGGCUCUCAUUCCACUUGUAGCAGACAGCAGAAUGAGUGUGUAGCACUUGGGGCCCCUUGACAGCUGCCUGCCCAACUUCCUAGCUAUUAUGCAUCCAGGUAAAGGUAAAGGUACCCCUGACCGUUAGGUCCAGUCGCAGAUGACUCUGGGGUUGUGCGCUCAUCUCACUCUAUAGGCCAAGGGAGCCAGCGUUUGUCCGCAGACAGCUUCCAGGUCAUGUGGCCAGCAUGACUAAGCCGCUUCUGGUGAACCAGAGCAGCACACGGAAACACCGUUUACCUUCCCACUGGAGCGGUACCUAUUUAUCUACUUGCACUUGACGUGCUUUCAAACUCCUAGGUGGGCAGGAGCUAGGACAGAACAACGGGAGCUCACCCCAUCACGGGGAUUUGAACUGCCGACUUUCUGAUCGACAAGCCCUAGGCUCUGUGGUUUAGACCACAGUGCCACCCGCGUCCCUUAUGCAUCCAGAAGCUAUUGCAAAUCAAACAUUGCUCCUGGCUAGGCAUUCCAUGCAAAUUGGGCCUUUCACAAGAUCAAGCUCUCAAGGUAGACUUUGGAACAGAGGGCCAAAGUUGGCAUGUUACGUGAUGCAUGUCAUUGUGAGCUGGCAGUAUUCCAGUGGUGCAUAACCUCCCAGGAUCUCAUGCCACACAGAUCGCAAUGGUGUGAACUGAAAACAUGUUUGAUUUGAGUUUCUGGUUUCUUUCUCGCCCUUGUUCCAUCCUCAGGCUUAUCCAGGGGACAACACAACACGGACUCCAAUCGAAACGGACCUCUACCUACAGGUGGUCAUUUAUGAUCAUGUCCUCAGAAGAAAGCUCUAA